GGUCUGUUUGGAAGAGGGGGUCUUGGCUACAGCAGCUGGGGGCUUCAUUAGCAGGAACAAAAUAAGAGCUUUUAAAAAGAGAGUCUGGAGUUUAGGUGACUAUUUGCAUCCACUGUUUUUCCUGAUAACCUGCAGCUAGGAGGGAAGAUUUCACUUCCUGUUUACCCUCAGCCAGGGGAGAAAUGUUCAGGGCAUCGUCUCUUGCUUCUUUCUACACCUUUAACUGGGUUUGUUUGGAUCUUAGGACUCUGGGUAGGAGGUCUGCUUGUUGUUAGUUAAUGCAACUGCUUGUUCUUAAGUCACAGAGCCCUACAAACAUGGGGGGCGGGGAGCUAACUGGUGGUGUGCGUGUGGGGGUGGGUUGUGUCAGUAGUUAGUUUUAGGGUUACUUAGUGCAAAAUCCCAUCCACCACCAAACUUGAUUUCAUUCAGGACUCAACUGACCAACAGAGUUGGCCUUUUUCCACGCCUGACCCACACAUCUGUAAGCAUGCUGGCCUGACUCGGCUUUAUUUGUCUUUUUCUACUUUUCCCCUGAUCUCUGGAUGCUGUAGCUAGAAUUUAAAAGUGAAAAGAAAAAAAAAAAAAGUCAACUUCUGCUUAGCGUUACCUUUAGAAUUCCCUUGGAAAUUCAUUCCAUACAUUUCCAGCUGGGAGACCAAUUCAGCAGGAUUUUAAGUGCUAGAAAUAUAUUCAGUAUCUGUGUUAUGCCAACUUGAUGAAGUCAGUUAAUCUUUUUUUUUCUUUUUAAAGUAGUGUCCAGCCUCCCAACUUUUGACACCAGUUGGAUGAAGGUGCAUUGAAUAAGGAGAAAUGCACCAGAUUCUAAUUUGAAGUCAAGGUGGGCCAGCAAUCUUAGAGUCAAAGCGCAGAGGGUGGUGAUAUUUUAUAUGGAACAGCCCCCCCCCCCAACUUAAGUUCAGACUCUUAGCUAUUUUCUUUGUUCUUAUCUCCUUGCUCUAAAUGGAAAUUUCAUAUUGAGCUUCUCCUGGUCUCCCUAGAAGCAAUAUCUAAUCACAAGACGCCUGGUUUGGUGCCUUCAGUGUUUGCAUAAUACUGUGUUUGUUGGGCUGCAAGGAGACUUAAGGGCAGAGCAUUGGUUCUCUAAAAGCUUGCAUUAAAAUGGCUCCCACAGGUUUGGAAAGCUAAGACCUGUUUUCAAGUGUGCUGCCCCAGCACCUUCCCAGCCCUGGAUCAAGCUGGUCACUUUUCCUCUGGUACUGUGGCCAUCACCAAGCACGGGGCAGUAAAAAGUUAAUUGCUUUUCAAAGUAGCCCUUAUUUCCCAGUUCCUAAAGGGAAGGAAUGUCUGCAUUGCAGCAGGACGAGGUAGAGACAGCAGUGUGGGCCCACGGAGCAGCCCAAUGGGCUUCCUCUCUCUGGCUCUUGAACCAAUAGACUGGGAGGAAAGGUUAAAGAUUGACAAUUGCAGUGGCCGGACUGAGAAGGGGUGUUCUGGAAAUUUCUACUACCAUCUUUGUUCCUUUCAGGAAAAGCAGCUCCCCAGGCUGAAGAGUCCUACAUUCCAUUCCUCGGGCAUCCCCCUUCCUCCCCCCUUGCUUCUCUCAUCAAGGUAGAAUGUUCUUCUGCCACAUUGGUAAAUUGCAGAGGGAGGAACAGAAUGAUGGGCUGUUUUCCUUUUUCCUUCUGCCUCCUCGGUCCCCAAAGAGGAUGACAGCUGCAAGGAGCAAACACAGACACACUGGAGCUUUUGAUUCCUUUUUUUCCUCCAAGACCCUCCAGGAUGGAUGCACUUUCUGCUUUGGGAAAUUAAGUGGUAUUCACGUGGGGGAGGGGGAAGCAGCGGCUUUUAUUAGCUCCAGAAAAUGGUCAGUGUUCAGUCUGUAACUAGGAAUUAAUUAUAUAUAAUCACUCAGUAAACUUUCUUCAGAGUUUUUCUAAUUGCUGAGCAUGAACAUAGUGAGGCCGUUGGAGCCAAGUCCAGCUACUUUUAUAAUUAACAGCUCAAAGAUUUGAGUCAGAAAGAAAGAAACAAUGAGGGCCUCUUGGUUAUAAAUUAGGGAUGAAAACAAUAGUUAUUUUCCUUUCUUUCUUGUAACCCCUUUUCUUUUAAACAAAACAUCCCCCUUUUCUUUCCCUGGGGAGAGCCAGUAGGGAUCUUAGAAGUAGAAGACCGAGUCACUCUUUAGAAAGCUGGGUGACAGUAACCCAGCAAAACCUGCAGGCAGGGGUGGGUUUUGGAAGGACCAGCCACUUCCAAUGGGUGACCUUCUUUGUUUCUUCGGCCUUCUCUCCCCUUCUCUCCUCUGGCAGAGGCAGCCAAACAUUUGUCAGCCCUGGAUCUUGUUUUGCCUCUGGUUGACCCUGAAAAGAAAGAUACAUUCAAGGGGGCCUUCCCCACCCUGCAGCAGAGACCUGAAAGCCGGCCUGUUGGGAGGCCCCAAGUUGUUCUUAAAAUGCACAAACAACUUGGCUGAAGAGGAAAUAAAAACAGAACAGGAGGUGGUAGAGGGCAUGGAUAUUUCUACUCGCUCCAAAGAUCCUGGCUCUGCAGACAGAAUAGCCCAGAAAAGAAAGUUCCCCAGCCCCCCACAUUCUUCCAAUGGCCACUCGCCGCAGGACACCUCUACAAGCCCCAUUAAAAAGAAAAAGAAGCCCGGCUUCCUGAGCAGCAACAGCAAGGAGCAGUCAGAACUAAGACAUGGUCCGUUUUACUAUAUGAAGCAGCCACUCACCACAGACCCUGUUGAUGUUGUACCGCAGGAUGGACGGAAUGAUUUCUACUGCUGGGUUUGUCACCGGGAAGGCCAAGUCCUUUGCUGUGAGCUCUGUCCCCGGGUUUAUCACGCUAAGUGUCUGAGACUGACAUCGGAACCAGAGGGGGACUGGUUUUGUCCUGAAUGUGAGAAGAUUACAGUAGCAGAGUGCAUCGAGACCCAGAGCAAAGCCAUGACAAUGCUCACCAUUGAACAGCUCUCCUACCUGCUCAAGUUUGCCAUUCAGAAAAUGAAACAGCCAGGGACAGAUGCAUUCCAGAAGCCCGUUCCCUUGGAACAGCAUCCCGACUACGCAGAAUAUAUUUUCCACCCCAUGGACCUUUGUACACUGGAAAAGAACGCUAAAAAGAAAAUGUACGGCUGCACGGAGGCCUUCCUAGCUGACGCCAAGUGGAUCUUGCACAACUGCAUCAUUUAUAACGGGGGAAAUCACAAAUUGACGCAAAUAGCAAAAGUAGUCAUCAAAAUCUGUGAACACGAGAUGAAUGAAAUUGAAGUAUGUCCAGAAUGUUAUCUAGCUGCUUGCCAAAAACGAGAUAACUGGUUUUGCGAGCCUUGUAGCAAUCCACAUCCUUUGGUCUGGGCAAAACUGAAGGGGUUUCCAUUUUGGCCUGCAAAAGCCCUGAGGGAUAAGGACGGGCAGGUCGAUGCCCGUUUCUUUGGACAACACGACAGGGCCUGGGUUCCAAUAAAUAAUUGCUACCUCAUGUCUAAAGAAAUUCCCUUUUCCGUGAAAAAGACCAAAAGCAUCUUCAACAGCGCCAUGCAGGAGAUGGAGGUCUACGUGGAGAACAUCCGCAGGAAGUUCGGGGUCUUCAAUUACUCUCCCUUCAGGACGCCCUACACGCCCAACAGCCAGUACCAGAUGCUGCUGGAUCCCGCCAACCCCGGCGCGGGCACGGCCAAGACGGACAAGCAGGAGAAGGUCAAGCUCAACUUCGACAUGACGGCCUCGCCCAAGAUCCUCAUGAGCAAGCCCCUGCUGGGCGCGGGCGCCGGCCGCCGCAUCUCGCUGUCGGACAUGCCGCGCUCGCCCAUGAGCACCAACUCCUCGGUGCACACGGGCUCCGACGUGGAGCAGGACGCCGACAAGAAGGCCACCUCCAGCCACUUCAGCGCCAGCGAGGAGUCCAUGGACUUCCUGGACAAGAGCACCGCCUCACCACCCUCCAUGAAGACGGGACAGGCAGGGAGUCUGUCCGGCAGCCCGAAGCCUUUCUCCCCGCAAGCGUCUGCGCCCAUCAUGACGAAAACGGACAAGACGUCCACCACCGGAAGCAUCCUGAACCUUAACCUGGAUCGCAGCAAAGCCGAGAUGGACCUGAAGGAGCUGAGUGAGUCCGUGCAGCAGCAGUCCACCCCGGCGCCCCUCAUCUCCCCCAAGCGGCAGAUCCGCAGCAGGUUCCAACUGAAUCUCGACAAGACCAUAGAGAGCUGCAAAGCACAGUUAGGCAUCAAUGAAAUCUCGGAGGACGUGUACACGGCCGUGGAGCACAGCGACUCGGAGGAUUCCGAGAAGUCGGAGAGUAGCGACAGUGAGUACCUCAGUGACGACGAGCAGAAGUCCAAGAAUGAGCCGGAAGACGCGGAGGACAAGGACAGCAGCGCGCUGGACAAGGAGCCACCCGCUGCCAAAAAAAAGCCCAAGCCCGCCAACCCCGCGGAGGUCCCCGAGGAGCCGAAGAGCGCGUCUCCAGUGGGCGAGAAGGCAGAGCCCGUGGCCGCGAAGGCCAGCCCCGAGCCCGAGAGGGACUCUGCCGAGAGAGCGAAGCCGUCCCCGCAUCCCGCCAAGGACAAACUGAAGGGCAAAGAUGAGACGGAUUCCCCGACGGUGCACUUGGGCCUGGACUCGGAUUCAGAGAGUGAACUUGUCAUAGACUUGGGAGACGACCAUCCUGGGCGGGAGGGCCGGAAAAAUAAGAAGGAACCCAAAGAGCCACCUCCCAAGCAGGACGUCGUUGGUAAAGCGCCGCCGUCCACGACUUCGGGCAGCCAGUCUCCCCCCGAGACGCCGGUGCCCACCCGCUCCUCCUCCCAAACCCCCGUGGCCGGCGUCCCGGCCACCACCAGCACGACAUCCACCGUCACGGUCACCGCGCCGGCCCCCGCCGUCACAGGAAGCCCGGUGAAAAAGCAGAGGCCGCUCUUACCGAAGGAGACUGCCCCGGCCGUGCAGCGGGUCGUGUGGAACUCAUCAAGUAAGUUUCAAACGUCCUCCCAAAAGUGGCACAUGCAGAAGAUGCAGCGUCAGCAGCAGCAGCAGCAGCAGCAGCACAGCCAGCAGCAGCCUCAGUCUUCCCAGGGGACGAGAUAUCAGACCAGACAGGCUGUGAAAGCUGUCCAGCAGAAGGAGGUCACGCAGAGCCCGUCCACGUCCACCAUCACCCUGGUGACCAGCACGCAGCCAUCCCCCCUGAUCAGCAGCUCGGGCUGCACAAGCACCCUCGCGUCGUCCGUCAGCGCCGACCUGCCCAUCGCCACCGCCUCGGCCGACGUCGCCGCCGACAUCGCCAAGUACACGAGCAAGAUGAUGGAUGCCAUAAAAGGGACGAUGACAGAAAUAUACAACGAUCUUUCCAAGAACACUACUGGAAGCACAAUCGCUGAGAUCCGCAGGCUGAGGAUCGAGAUCGAGAAGCUGCAGUGGCUGCACCAGCAGGAGCUCUCUGAGAUGAAGCACAACCUGGAGCUGACCAUGGCUGAGAUGCGGCAGAGCCUGGAGCAGGAGCGGGACCGGCUCCUUGCGGAGGUGAAGAAGCAGCUGGAGCUGGAGAAGCAGCAGGCGGUGGACGAGACCAAGAAGAAGCAGUGGUGUGCCCACUGCAGGAAGGAGGCCAUCUUCUACUGCUGCUGGAACACCAGCUACUGCGACUACCCCUGCCAGCAGGCCCACUGGCCCGAGCACAUGAAGUCCUGCACCCAGUCAGCCACCGCCCCUCAGCAGGAAGCGGACGCAGAGGUGAACACAGAGACUGGGAACAAGCCCUCCCAGGGGGGCUCCUCCAGCGCCCAGCCAGCCGCCUCGGACACGACCAGCGCCUCCAAAGAGAAGGAGCCGUCAGCUGAGAAGAGCAAGGACAGUGGCUCGACCCUCGACCUUUCUGGCUCCAGAGAGACGCCCUCCUCCAUUCUCUUAGGCUCCAACCAAGGCUCUGUUAGCAAAAGGUGUGACAAGCAGCCUGCCUCUACCCCAACCACCACAGACCACCAGCCGCACCCCAACUACCCCGCCCAGAAGUACCAUUCCCGGAGCAGCAAGUCCAGUUGCUGGGGCGGCGGCGAAGAGAAGCGAGGGUCGGCCCGCUCCGAGCUCGGCGCCGGCUCCAGCGCCAAGAGCCUCAUCCCGAAAGAGUCUCGGCUCGACGCCUUCUGGGACUAGGGGCAAGCUGUGACCAGACCGCCCGUCCCACGGGGGAGGACCGCGGACGCCAGGGAAAUAGGAGUCGGCGGAGACGGAGAAGGACCCCUUCAGGCUCGGGAGGGCCGCGGGAGGGGCCGCUGCUGUAGGUGUAAAUAAUGUACAAUUUGUGGAUGUCACUGAACUAGAGCACCUUCCCUUUUUAUAUUUGUAUCGACUUUAACUUAUAAAAAAAGAAAAACAAGUUAAAAAAAAAAAAACAAAACAAAACACCCCACAACGAAAGGAAUGUUGGCUGCGGAGGCAGAUGGGCAGCCCGCCCUCGGGGCACACGCUCCUGGGCCAGCCCGGUGGGCACAGCAGUCCUGGGCCAGCCCGGUGGGCACAGCAGUCCUGGGCCGGGCCUGGGCUUGCUGCUGCACAGCCUCACCCUCGGCACCCGGGGAAGCCAGCGUUGUCCUGUGUCUGUCCACAGCACGCCACGCCGGUGGCCCCUUGCGGAUGCCUACGUCACUGUGUCCUGCCUCGCAGGCUCUGCAGACCGGGAGCCGUGGGGAGGGGCCCUUUAUUCUGUGUGGUUUAAGUGGUGGCUCCUAAAAGGGAAAAUCAACAUCCUGUUUACAGAAGAUGCUCGGAGGCUAGUGAGCCCUGCCCAGCUCGUCACCAACUCGGCAGCAAAGAGAAACCUUUUCUUGUUUGUGGUUCCUUUGAACACUCACACACCCACGGGAGGAGAUGCUGUGCUUCUCAGAAGCAGGAACUCAAAGGCAGAUGCACACCGAGGAGCGUGCGUCGGAGGAAGCAUGUGUGUAUUAUUUAUAUGAUGGAGCUCUGCGUUUUUAUGUAAGCAUGAAACAGUGGCAGUAUGAGAAAGCAAGACCGUCAUGCUGUCUGUUACACUACGUAAGCUGUAGUACCAUUUUGUAUGUUGUGUAAAACAAAAAGCAUUGAUCAAAGCAAAAGGUGAUGUAUGUAUAUGAGAAUAUUAAUUGUACGAUAUCAUUCCAGUACAUUCUGUUGUACAUUUUAGUCUCGUUUACUUUCUCUUCAUUGUUGAUAAGAGGAUGCUGGCUGUAUGGCUUCCAGCUAGCCACCCACAUUAGAGAAGAAAGAAGAACAGAUAUUAGAAGAAAGCAGGAGAGAAAGAACAUUUGUGAAUUGCAGUUGUCAAAAAAAAAAAAAUAGCCUAGCUGGCCUUAUUUGUGAAGCAUAAUUGCUUUUAGCAUAUGGAAGUAUUUUUUCACAUUUUCUUUGUAUAAAAUUUGUAUUAAACUUAAAUAUCUUUUUUGAA